CGAUGUUUCUCCACCUCUACCUUGGCUCCAAAAUAAAGAGACUAAAAAUAAAAAAAAGCAUGCAAAGGACAGAGUUUUGGACACAACUAGUUUAAAUUUUCGUUGACUCCGUCGCAGAAGCGCCCAGAUGAGCACCAUGGACUGCGGCAUGUUCCCCAUGCAUCCCAAAAUGGACGAGCAGCUCUCCAAAGCAUUCACCGCCAAUGAAGAGGAGGAGGAAAAGCACAUCCAGAAGGUGCAGAACGCCUUCCUCUACUACGGGCCAUAUGCGUGCCAGCGGCUAAGGCGCUCCAUGGAUUACCUGGACAGCCUGUCUGGAGAGGAUCAGCACAUGCUGGCCAAGUAUCGAGGGCAUCUGGAGUGUGUGCGCACGUGUAUUGAUCGCAACCAGGCGGUCAUCCGGGAAAUUCUGCGGGAGCGCGUCCUCUAUCCGGCAGAAGAAUCGACCACCAAUCCAUCGGCGGACCGGUGGGAGUUUGACGAGCCGCCGCCAAACGUGAGGCACGGUGAUAUGGACCAGAAUGAUAUUCCAUUCGAUGAAGCUGACGUUGAACCUCUCAAAAUUUUAAAGGCCCAGUCGACGUUGAAGUUGAUUGCGCGCGACUGGAGCACCGAUGGCGCCCUAGAGCGGGAGCAGUCCUACAAGCCGAUCAUAGACAGCAUCGUGGAGUACUACAAGCCCGGCGAUUACGAGUUGAAGGAGAUUAAGAUCCUGGUGCCGGGAGCGGGAUUGGGACGUCUGACCUACGAACUGGCAUGCUUGGGAUACUCGUGCGAAGGCAACGAGUUCUCUUACUUUAUGCUGAUCGCCUCCAAUUUUGUCCUCAAUCUCUGCGACUACGAGAACAAAUACGUGCUGUACCCGUGGGUGCAUCAGUAUGUGAACAACCUGAGGCGCGAGGAUCAAGUGGCCGCCGUUCGCUUCCCCGACGUCUGCCCCCUGAAGAAUCCGCCCAAGGGCCACUUUGAAAUAGCCGCAGGGGACUUCCUGGAGGUUUACAAGACGCCGCACAGCUACAACUGCGUGGCCACGUGCUUCUUUAUCGAUUGCGCCAAUAACGUGAUCGACUUUAUACGCACCAUUUACAGAAUUCUCGUGCCUGGUGGCAUAUGGGUGAAUCUCGGACCGCUUCUGUAUCACUAUAGCGACGUCAGCGGACAGAACAGCAUUGAGCCGACGUUCGAGGACCUUUGCAUCAUUAUGGAGAGCGUGGGCUUCGUGAUCGAGAAAUCGCGCACGGGCAUUCGCACCAAGUACGCCCAGAACCCUUCCUCGAUGAAGCAAAGCGAGUAUGAGAGCCUAUUCUGGGUCUGUCGCAAGCCGGAUCCGUUUGAGGAGCAGCGGGGCAAGCGCAAGGCCUCCAGGGAGCCACACGAUCUCAUUGUGCGAGAGGACAGCGUGGAGGAGACGCCACCGCAACAGCAGAAGCAGCAACCCACGGCCAACGAUGAGACUGAGAUGGCCCAGCCAACGUGAUAGCCAUUGACCAAACCCAAAACCACACCCGAACCCACCUACGGAUGCCAUCACCAACACCCUAAUCAUCAAGCCACAGGCUAGACAGGGAACUCGAAUUAACAC